AAGAGGGGCUUCAGUUGUUGGAUGCUUUAACAUUUUUUUUUCUCUUCUUUCUUCUUUCUUCUUCUUCUCCAUUUUGUUCAGUUUCGGCGUGCUGAAGAAAACGCUUGAGGAUUUACAGUGAGACAGAGAGAGAGAGAGUGAUAGAGACAGAUCGUGGGGGCAAAUCGGUCAAUUUCUUACUCUCUCAUGCCGGAUUUCCGCUGCCGUUUCUCAGACGGCGGCGUUCUUAUCUGCUUUAGUCACCGGCGGAGUAAUUCUCCGGCGCCGAUACUCUAUACGGAAGAAUGGCGUUGAUCUAAGUGACGAUUUGUGUAGAUCUCUGAUGCAAGACGGAGACUUUGGGGUUUUUGUCUGAUUAGAUUUAAGUUUUGUAAGAGAAUCAGAUGAAGGCGUUACGGCGAAGCUAUACUUCAACGUCUUCAGGAAAUUCUUCUUCUUCUUCUCCGUUACCGUCUUCUACUUCGUUGCCAUCAUCAUCUUCUUCUUCUUCUUCACCUCCUUCAUCUAAUUCUUCUUCUUCUUCGUCUUCUUCUUCCUCUUCCUCUUCUUCUUCGUGGAUCCAUCUCCGUUCGGUUCUUUUUGUGGCUAAUCCUUCGUCUCUAUCUUCAGUUACUUCUUCCGAUCGUAGCCGGCGGAAAUCACCGUGGUCUCGCCGGAAAAGGAAAUGGGCUUUGACGCCGCAUCAGUGGAGGAGUUUAUUUACACCGGAGGGCAAACUCCGUGAUGGAGGCGUUGGGUUCCUGAAGAAAGUUAGAAGCAGAGGAGCUGAUCCAAGUAUUCGUGCAGAAGUGUGGCUCUUCUUACUCGGAGUCUAUGAUUUGAACAGUACUAGUGAAGAAAGAGAAGCUGUUAAAACUCAAAAAAGGAAAGAGUACGAAAAACUACAGAGACGAUGCCAGAUGCUUCUCAAGCGUGGUAAUGGAAGUACCAAUAAUCUUGAGGAGGAGGAGGAGGAACUUCCUUCUGAGGAGACAAACGAUCAAUGUGUUCGAUUUAUGGAUGAUUAUAAGAUGUCCGGACAAAUGACAGCUCAAGAUGUGGUCUCUGUUGUGAACACUGAUUCUUCUGAUACAGAUUCUUGUGAAGACAAUGAAGAUGUUCAGCUACUUCCAUCUUUUGUAUACAGCGAUGAAAAAAAACCGAAGGAGGAUAACAAUAAUAGUCACUCUGAAGAGAAUAGUUCUUCUCCUGUAGCUGCUUCUGAGAUCAAAGUAGAUAUUGCUGUACACGAAGAUUUUUCUACGUGGCAACGUAUCAUCCGUCUUGAUGCUAUACGCGCGGAUUCAGACUGGGCAACUUACUCUCCAUCUUCGACUGCAAUCACAGAAAGCAAAGCUCGCUGUUUAGCUGAGUCUGUUGGUUUAAAAGACUACGAACACUUGGAAAGCUGCAGGCUUUACCACGCCGCACGGCUCGUUGCGAUUCUUGAAGCUUAUGCUCUCUAUGAUCCUGAGAUAGGCUACUGCCAAGGAAUGAGCGAUCUUCUAUCACCUAUCCUCGCUGUGAUCUCGGAAGAUCACGAGGCUUUCUGGUGCUUUGUUGGUUUCAUGAAGAAAGCACGGCAUAACUUCAGGCUAGACGAAGCAGGGAUCCAGAGACAGCUUGGUAUCGUGUCAAAGAUCAUCAAAUCCAAAGACUCUCAGCUUUACAAACACUUGGAGAAUCUCCAAGCUGAGGAUUGUAGCUUCGUUUACAGGAUGGUUUUAGUGAUGUUUCGGAGGGAGUUGAGUUUUGAACAGACGCUUUGUCUCUGGGAAGUGAUGUGGGCUGAUCAAGCUGCCAUUAGAGCUGGUGUCGGGAAAUCGCCGUGGAGCAGAAUCAGGCAGCAAGCGCCUCCAACAGAUGAUCUGUUGCUCUAUGCGAUCGCUGCGUUAGUGCUACGUAGGAAACUGAUCAUACAGAAAUACAGUAGUAUGGAUGAGAUUGUGGAGGAGUGUAAUAGCAUGGCUGGUCAGCUUGAUGUCUGGAAGCUACUUGACGAUGCGCAUCAUCUUGUCGUGACGCUACAUGACAAGAUUGAAACUCUUUCUUCUCAAUCUCUGAGCAUUUGAUGAAGUCUAUGUUCAAAGCCAGAAAUGAAGUGUUCUACUACACAAAGGUCCCCUUGCACUCGGUCUGGCUGCGUUUUGUUCAAGGUUUUAAGGUUGUCUCGGUGAUGGUUCUUACCGGUUUUACUUGUCCCUCAGCUUUUCUUUCUUUUUGUUUCCUCGUCACACGGUCAACACAAAACAACUAUCUAUCACUUUUAUUGUAGUAGCUAAUGAAAAAGAAAAACUUCCUUCUGAAAAUGUAAGGGAUGAAUCAGAAACUGUCGUUCUCCACAA